ACAGUCCGUGAUUACGUGCCGCGCUGGCUGCGUCUCCGAGCCGCGAGCACGUGAAAAAAAAACGCGGCCGCGUCAAAAACACAUUAUAACAACUACAUAUCACUAAAAACAUUCAACAUUAUCAAUAACUCGUAUUAUACUUCACCGAUAAACCAUCAGUUCAAGUGUCCGGAUAAAUUGGGAACUCUAAAAGUAAUCACAAGAAUGGCUGGCUUGUGAAGAGCAGAAGACACGUGGUUACUAGUGGCGCACUGAAGAAGCUGACUUUAAACCAUGACGAAAAGGUUCGAAUUCAACUGGCAGAUCCCAGUUCCGGAGCCAUUGCUACAGGGUGCUGUUUUCGACAGAUGGACUGAAGAAAAGGACAAUACAGAAUUAGAACAGAACUGCCUCUUCAAAGUAGAUGAAUAUGGUUUUUUCAUCUAUUGGAAAAGCGAAGGACGGGAUGGUGACGUAAUAGAGUUGUGCCAAGUCAGUGACGUCAGAUCAGGAGGUGUGCCAAAGGACUCUAAACUAAGCUUCAACCUGCUCAACAAACACGGAGACACUCUAGAAGACAAGUCGCUCACCAUCUGCAGUGGCACCGACUACAUUAAUAUCAAUUACCAACACGUCGUAUGCCCUGAUGCAGCCACAGCAAAGGUAUGGUUGGAAGGACUACGGAAGAUAACUCACAACGUAAAAGCGAACAACUUCUGUCCUAUGACCUGUCUGAAAAAACAUUGGAUGCGACUAUGUUUCCUUACUGAUCCUCGAGGAAAAGUGCCUGUGAAAGUGGUAGCAAGAACCUUCGCAUCCGGCAAGACAGAGAAACUAGUAUAUCAGUGCCUAUCCGAACUUGGUUUGCCGUCGGGGAAAAAUGAAGCCAUGGAGAAAGAAGCGUUCACAUUUGACAAAUUCUACGCUUUAUACCAUAAGAUCUGUCCGAGGAAUGAUAUCGAAGAACUGUUCAGAUCAAUCACUCAGGGAAAAUCAGACCGUAUCAACUUGGACCAGUUCGUAAAUUUUCUGAAUGAAAAGCAGCGAGAUCCCCGCCUCAACGAGAUCCUAUAUCCACUCUACGACGAGAAGAGAGCCGCAGAAAUCAUCACCACGUACGAACAAAACGAGGAGGCAAAAAAUGACAAAUGUCUUACAAAGGACGGUCUAAUCCGCUAUCUGAUGUCUGACGAGAAUGCACCCGUGUUCCUGGACAGAUUAGAUUUCUAUAUGGACAUGGACCAACCCCUCGCCCACUACUACAUCAACUCCUCACACAACACAUACCUUUCUGGACGACAGUUCGGUGGCAAAAGCUCCGUUGAAAUGUACAGACAAGUUCUACUCGCUGGAUGCAGGUGUGUUGAAUUAGACUGUUGGGAUGGCAAAGGUGAAGACGAAGAGCCUAUAAUUACUCAUGGUAUGGCCAUGUGUACCGAUAUUCUGUUCAAAGACGUGAUCUACGCACUUAGGGACACGGCAUUUGUGACGUCAGAUUACCCAGUCAUCUUAUCGUUUGAGAACCACUGCUGUAAGGCGCAGCAAUACAAGCUUGCCAAGUACUGUGAUGAGAUUCUUGGAGACUUACUACUGAAGGAGCCUCUACCUGAACAUCCUUUAGAACCUGGCGUACCUCUGCCUCCGCCCUCAGCCCUAAAACGCAAGAUCCUCAUCAAAAACAAACGUCUGAAGCCCGAAGUGGAGAAACAGGAGCUAGAACUGUUCAGACAAGGCCAAUUUGUCAUAGAAGAUGAGGAGAAAGAAGAUGCAUCUGCUGUAGCUAUUCCAGACAAAAAGCCGGAAGAAAUAGUUGCUGAAGCGGCAUCAGCGGGUGAAGAUGCACCGCCUCCCGUGGCGUAUACCGGCUCCACCACUAAUGUCCAUCCCUGGCUUUCCUCUAUGGUCAACUACGCGCAACCCAUCAAGUUCCAAGGGUUUGAGGAAGCAGAGAAACGCAACAUCUACCAUAAUAUGUCAUCGUUUGCGGAGACCACGGGCAUGAACUAUCUGAAGACUCAGGCCAUAGACUUCGUUAACUACAACAAGCGGCAGAUGUCCAGGAUAUAUCCAAAAGGGACACGAGCUGACUCCUCAAACUACAUGCCACAGGUGUUCUGGAACGCGGGCUGCCAAAUGGUAUCGUUGAACUUCCAAACGUCCGAUCUGCCGAUGCAACUGAACCAGGGCAAGUUCGAAUACAACGGCAACUGCGGAUACUUGCUCAAGCCUGACUUCAUGCGGCGAGCAGACAGAAGCUUUGAUCCUUUCGCAGACGCGCCAGUAGAUGGCGUUAUCGCCGCACAAUGCUCUGUACAGGUGAUAGCCGGACAGUUUUUAUCGGACAAGAAGAUUGGCACAUACGUAGAAGUGGACAUGUAUGGAUUACCCUCGGACACCAUCAGGAAGGAGUUCCGUACACGCAUGGUACCCGCCAAUGGCCUAAACCCGGUCUAUAACGAAGAACCAUUCCUGUUCCGAAAGGUGGUAUUACCAGAUUUAGCUGUACUCCGGUUUGGUGUAUACGACGAGAACGGCAAACUACUAGGGCAGAGGAUUCUGCCCUUGGAUGGUCUCCAGGCUGGGUACCGCCAUAUCUCUCUAAGAACCGAAGCCAACUUCCCGAUGUCGCUACCAAUGUUGUUCUGCAACAUCGAACUCAAAAUCUAUGUACCUGAUGGAUUUGAAGAUUUUAUGGCUGCGCUAUCGGAUCCUCGAGCGUUCAUGGGAGCUGCAAAAGAGAGGACAGACAAUAUGAAGCAGAUGGGUAUAGAGGAAAGUGGACCAGAAAAGAAAGUUCAAAUUGAAGAGAAGAAAGAAGAGCCUCCGUUGGUGUUCGAGCCAAUCACAGUGGAAUCUCUACGGCAGGAGAAAGGUUUCGUGAAGACUGGCCGCAAACAGCAGAAGGAUUUGGACGCAAUGAGGAAACGUCACACUAAAGAAAAGAUGACGUUGCAAAAACAACAGUGCACAGCGUUGGAGAAAAUGAUAAAAGGGAAAAAUAAGGAGCAGUUGAGCAACGAUGCAACGUUCCGUAAAUUGGUGAGCGAGCAAUCAGCUGCUUGGAGCGAACUGGUGGCCAAACAUCGGGUAGAGGAGUGGUCUAGUGCUCGUAGCAGACUCAACGAGCAACGGGACUUACUCAAGAAGAUGAUGGAGCAGACACAGCUUGCGCAGAUGAAGCAGCUCGAGGCCAAACACGAGAGAGAGUUAAAAGACAUGAACGCCCGUCAAGCCAAAAUCAGUAUGGAGACAAGCAAGGAAGUGGCAAACGACAAAACCCUGAAGACAAAACAGGAGAAGGAUCGACGACUUAGAGAGAAGAAACAAAACAACACUAAGAAAUUCAUGGAUGAACGCAAGACCCAAACUAUUAAACAAAAUCGUGAGAAAGAAAAGUUGAAAGUCACCCAUGACAAACAAAUGGAGGAAUUAUCCAAGGAUAUUGACAAUCUCAUUGAAAUGUACAAGAUGGAGGAGACAGAAUUCGAGAUGGGCACCAAAACGGAAUUCUUUGCAUGAAAAUACCCCGACAUAGCUCCACUAUUGGAGCAACUGACUUAGAAAGUGAGUGUUUAAAGUGAUCUCUCUUAAUGUUUCUCAGUAUAUUAACUAAUGUAAAUAAGCAGCUAAUAUUAUUACAGUCUAGAAAGAUCAUAAUGAUAUAACUAUCUCAGGUUAUGCACAUUUGGACUGUCCAACUGAAAUGGGCUGGCUGUGUUCUCUAGCAGCAAAGGUAGUU